AAGGGCGGGGCGGGGCGGCCCUCCCCAACGUGGCGGUUUACUGGAAGCGGUUCCCUUAGUAUCCGGAAUAGUUUGAGUCUGUGGCGAGCGGCUCACCGGUACUGGGUCGGUGCUAUCUUAGCAGGGGUGGGACCCCUGAGGCCUCAGAAACAGGCUUUUGUCUGGCCCGGGACUCCUCGGCGUCCAGCGCUUUCCCCCAUAAACGGAUACCGGUCAUUUGGACUCUGCCUCUGGCUCAGGUUCCCACCCCACCCUACCAGGCCCCUUUCCUUCUGGCUGCUGCGGUCGUUCCUGCCUUUCCUCGCGGUGCCACCGGAGUCACAGAUGCCAGGAAGUAUGGCCCCCCUCAAGAAGCCUCGAAAUACCACAAGGGUGCCUCUGGCUUUAAACCCCCUGAAGAGCAAGGACGUGUUGGCCGUGCUGGCUGAGAGGAACCAGGCUAUAAUGCCAGUUGGGGCAUGGGUGGAACCUGCCUUGCCAGAUAGUUCGGAGGUCCCAGCAUAUACUUCAGCAUAUAUGAUUGAAGAAGAACUAAAGGAACAGCUAAGAAAAAAACAAGAAGCUCUGAAGCAUUUUCAGAGACAAGUCAAACACCGAGUAAAUCAGCAAAUCAGGCUGAGAAAAAAGCAACAGUUUCAGAGAUCUUAUGAAGCAGCAGAAAAAGAAGGCUCUAUAGCCAUGCAGUCUUCAGAUCCAGCACAUUUAACUCCUAAAAGAACAAGUGUUUUUCCAAGCAACUUGAAUGCUGCUAUUGGAAGUGCUAGGUUACCUCCUUCCCAGAUGCUUGGGGAUGGAAUGGAUGACAGAGAGAAUCAGAACGAAUUAUUCCAACAACAAGCCCAGGCUCUUAGUCAAACCAUGAAACAGGCCCGUCACCGGCUGGCAUCUUUUAAGACCGUGAAUAAAAAAAAUGCGUCAGUGUUUCCAGAUGGUAGAAGGAAAACCUUUCCCCCUCAAGAGAAAGCACUUUAUAGGAAGUCAUCAUCCCUCAAGAUAAAUACAGGAACAAGAGGACAGUUGACCUUUAAGGAACCUGACUCUGAGGAAUCUUCAUCUAUUAUGAUAGAUAAGAAAGGGACAGAAAAUUUGUUUUGGGGAGACCAGCAGGAUCUCCUUUCUGAAGACAGGGACAAACCUUUCAGCAGAGUUCAGAAAGUACAAUCCAAAAAUCCACUAUUUGCUGUGAUGAAAGAGGAAGAGCAAAAGCAAUUAGAUCUUCAAGGCCUUCAGAAUAUUUUUCCAGAAGCCCAGGAUUAUCUUCCAGAAGCCCAAUGUGAUCUGCUGGAAACCCAGGGUGAUUUGACAGGAGUCCAGAGUGUUGAGCUAGAAGCUGAGAGUAUUGAGCCAGAAGCCAAGAGUGUUGAGCCAAGACUCAAUACUCUGGCUAUUGAGCUGGAAAGCCAAGCUGUUGAGCCCGAAGCGCAGGCCAUUGAGCCUAAAGCCCAGGCUGUUAAGAUAAAAACUCAGGGUAUUAUGCCAGAAGCCCAGAAUAUUGAACUAGAUGAUGGGAGUAUUGUGUCUAAAGUCCAGGAUUUGCUACCGAAAGAACAGUGUGUUCUUCCCAAAGACCAGAAUAUUCUACCCAGAUGUCAGGACCAGGACUUUCUACUUAAAGACCAGGAUUUUCUACCCAGAGACCAGGAUAUUCUACCCGAAUGUCAGGACCAGCAUUUUCCACCCAGAGACCAGCAUGUUCUCCCUGAAGACCAGAAUAUUCAAUCCAAAUUUCAGGACCAGGAUUUUCUACCCAGAGACCAGCAUCAGCAUUUUCUACCCAGAGAUCAGGAAGCAAAUUUGAGGCAGCCAGCAUCAAUUUUGAUAGGCCCAAGAGGGAGAGAGGCGUUUCCUCUGGAUGUCCAUCAGGAUAUUCUACCCAGGCAUCAAGAUCAGACCUCCACCAGGGACAAGAAAGUACACUUCAAGGAGUCAUAUUCUGAUAUGUCAAGUGAGAAAGGGAGAGAAGACUAUUCUCUGGCAGGUUAUCAGUAUCUGCCUCCUAAACUCCAGGACCAGACCUUCGUCAGAGAUCAGAGCAAGUAUAUCAAGCAACCCUCAUCUUGUGAGAAAUGGGAGAUUGAAAGAAGAAUUGCUUCUGGAGUGCCAUCGCACAGGAACUAUGGGCAGGCCUUACGUAAUAUGACAGAUGAGAGAUGGAGAAAGGAGUUAUUUCCAGAGCACCACAAAUAUGAUUUACAUGAUAUCCAGGAUCCAGGUUCAGCCGGAGAGCAGAGCUUAUACUUCAGGCAGCAGCCGUCUGUUGGGACAGCUGAAAGAUGGCAAGAGGAUUUGCUUCUGGACGACCAGCAGCAUCUGCCAGCCAAGCACCAGACAGAGGCUUCCAGCAGAAGACAGGUUUAUGAUGACUAUCAAUCAAAAUUGAACACUGAAUUCCAAAUUCCACUGACACUCCAAUCUGGAGUAGAUCAUGAAGAAGAUAAGAAAGAGCGUCAAAAGCAAUACCUGAGAUAUAGACGACUUUUCAUGGAUAUUGAGAGAGAACAAGUAAAAGAACAACAAAGACAAAAAGAACAUCAGAGGAAAGUUGAAAAAAUUAAAAAAAAGAAAGAACAGCAACGUUAUGCUGAAGAGCAGAGGAUACUAAGAAUGAACUUUCAUGAAGAGCUAUAUUCAGGGGAGAAGAUGAGUGACACACUAGCCCAGCUAAAACUUGAGGAACUAAAAGGAGCCAGAGAAAAACAACAACAGAGAGAAAAGGAAUGCCAAAGAUAUAUUGAAGCUCUGCGAGCCCAGAUCCAGGAGAAAAUGAGGCUGUAUAACAUUACUUUACCUCCACUAUGCUGCUGUGGUCCUGAUUUUUGGGAUGCUCAUCCUGAUACCUGUGCCAACAAUUGUAUUUUCUAUAAAAACCAUAGAGCAUAUACCCGGGCACUACAUUCGGUCAUCAAUUCCUGUGAUAUCCCUGAGGGGACCUCAACUGUUCGAGUUGCCAUGCAUAAUUUGGCUUCUGCACACAGACGGACUUUGAAAAAUCUAUAAUGAGAAUCUGAAUCCAAUUGUUAGUAUUUCAAUCUUCACUUAAAAUCAACCCUGAGAGAUUAUUUAGGAAAAGCUGUUAAAAUGUAUAAGAUGUGUAAUCUGGAAAGAAGGACUGUCCCAACGUGACAACCAUCUCUAUAAUUAGAUCAUAACCAUUGUUUCAGUCUCUGCUUGGACUAAAAUUGAAAGUUGACCUCUAAACUUGUGUUUUUGCUGUGAACUGUAUAGUCUGUUGUUUUAAAAAUGAUCAGUCAGACCAGUAAGGUUUUUUUUACUUAGCUCUGCUCUGAUCAGAGGAGAUCAUGAGAAAUCUUUGAGAUUAUCUCAUUUAUUGUCUUUCUAAAAGUGUAUCUUUGAAUCUUGACAAGAUUGAAAAUGUCUAGAUAAAGCCGAAAAGAUGAUGAAAUGAGUUUCUAAGUAUCAGUGGCCAUCUAUAUUGCUGAUAGCUUUUCUAGUUGUGUAUGACAAUUAGAGGUGAGAACAAUCUGAAUUUGAUGCACAUUUUUUUUCUCAAGAUUUUUCUCUCCUGGUUUUUUAACUUAUUACCUCUUUCCCCAUUCAGUGACAUUGGACUUAGGACUUUUUAAUUUUAUAAUUUUGUAUUGCAAAAAUAAAGUGAAUAAACCUUCUGUCUUUGGAGCAU